CCCCCCCAGCAGCAGCUGUCAUCUCAAGCAGGGCGGCCCAUUAAAGACACGUUGUCACUUGUGAAGAGGUCAGUUAAUACCGGGCACGCCUGGAAACUUUUAAUUCAUCAUCCACCGAAACCCUUUCCCCCCAUCGCCGCCUGCAUUCUUCUUCCUCUUUUCUUUCCUUGUGCCGUGGGAGUGAAUAUCCAUUGCCCAACAAGGUUCUUGUCUCUGUCUGUCUGUUUGUCUCGAACUCGACCUCGACUUCGACUUUGACGUCUUUCUUUCAGCAACAACCCCUCUCUCCAUCCCCAACACCUCUCUCAACCACACACACAUACGAACGCGACUGCGAAUCCAGCUUGAGAUAACAGCCACUUCGCCUUCAUCAUGAGGUUCAACGUAGCUGCCGCUGCCGCCAGCGCCGCCCUCCUUGCCGGAGGUGUCAGCGCCGACGACUCCCAAAAGGUGCUCAAGGACGAGAGCUCCUCCAGCACUGUCGCCGAGGCCGCCACCUCGGUUUCUCCCGCCGAGAUCCCUACCUUUACUCCUACCAAGCUCAAGGCUCCUUUCCUCGAGCAGUUCACCGAUGGCUGGGACGCGCGCUGGAAGCCUUCCCACGCCAAGAAGGAGACCGGCCCUGAUACCGAGGAGGAGUGGGCUUACGUCGGCGAGUGGUCCGUCGAGGAGCCCGUCGUCUUCAAGGGCAUGGAGGGCGACAAGGGUCUCGUUGUCAAGAACGCGGCUGCUCACCACGCCAUCUCGGCCAAGUUCCCCAAGCAAAUCGACCCCAAGGGCAAGGACCUCGUUGUCCAGUAUGAGGUCAAGCUUCAGAACGGCCUCGAGUGCGGUGGCGCCUACCUGAAGCUCCUCCGCGAGAACAAGGCUCUCCACCAGGACGAGUUCUCCAACACCACUCCCUACGUCAUCAUGUUCGGCCCCGACAAGUGCGGCCACACCAACAAGGUGCACUUCAUCUUCAACCACAAGAACCCCAAGACGGGCGAGUAUGAGGAGAAGCACCUCAGCGCUCCCCCGACGGCCAAGAUCGUCAAGACCACGGAGCUCUACACGCUCAUUGUCCACCCCAACAACACCUUCCUCAUCCAGCAGGAUGGCGAGACCGUCAAGGAGGGUAGCCUCCUUGAGGACUUUGUUCCCUCGGUCAACCCCGAGAAGGAGAUUGACGACCCCAACGACACCAAGCCCGAGGACUGGGUUGACCAGGCCCGUAUCCCCGACCCCGAUGCCAAGAAGCCCGACGACUGGGAUGAGGAGGCCCCGUACGAGAUUGUCGACGAGGAGGCUACCAUGCCCGAGGACUGGCUCGUUGAUGAGCCCCAGACCAUCCCCGACCCAGAGGCUCAGAAGCCUGAGGAUUGGGAUGACGAGGAGGAUGGUGACUGGAUCGCCCCUACCGUUCCCAACCCCAAGUGCUUCGAGGUUUCUGGUUGCGGCCCCUGGACCAAGCCCAUGAAGAAGAACCCCGACUACAAGGGCAUCUGGAGCGCUCCUCUCAUUGACAACCCCGCCUACAAGGGACCCUGGGCUCCUCGUAAGAUCGCCAACCCCGACUACUAUGAGGACAAGACUCCCGCCAACUUUGAGCCCAUGGGCGCUAUCGGUUUCGAGAUCUGGACCAUGCAGAACAACAUUCUCUUUGACAACAUCUACAUUGGUCACUCGGUUGAGGAUGCCAAGGCUCUCGCUGACGAGACCUUCUUCAAGAAGCACCCCGUCGAGGAGAAGCUCGAGGAGGCUGAGAAGCCCAAGCCCGAGGAGAACAAGCCUUCUUCGCCCAGCGACCUCAAGUUCACCGAGGACCCCGUUACCUACAUCAAGGAGAAGGUUGACCUCUUUGUGACCAUUGCCAAGAAGGACCCCGUCGAGGCUAUCAAGUUUGUCCCCGAGGUUGCUGGUGGCGCUGCCGCCCUCCUCGUCACCUUCAUUGCCAUCCUCGCUUCCCUUGUCUCUGGCGGCAGCUCUCCUGCCCCUGCUGUCAAGAAGGCUGCUAAGGAUGUCAAGGAGAAGGCCAAGGACGUCAAGGACAAGGCUGCCGAGGCUGUUGCCACUGGCACUGAGAAGGCCAAGGAGGCUACCAAGCGCAACACCCGCAACCAGUCGUAAGAAGCAGACAGACUGUGUGGUGGUGGUGAGGAAGUUGGAGGUGGAACUAGUUAUUAACGGGUAAUAAAAGGAGGCUGAGAUUGUUGAAAGAGGAAAGAAACAGACUACAGGAUCACCUCAUCUAGUUGGGUGUUUUGACGUGACAUGAUGAUUUUCAUUUAGCUCUGAAGCGAUACCGGCCUGGGUAUAGUUGGCCAAAAGGUUCUUUGUGGUUUGGGUUCAGUUUCGAAGUGUUUGAUCGAUAUCUCGGAGUAUCAGGGUGGGGAGGCGCGCACACAUGUAUUCUAGCUAUUUACCUAGGCUUAUCACAAUACUUUUUUGCAUUAUCUGAAG